UUCCCGCCAGCUGCUGUCCGCCACAGGAGAAGAAGAAGCGCAGGCGGAAAGAGAACCGGAACUGGCUAGCAGGAAGGCUAGUCGCCUUUAGCCGUUUUUAUUUUCAGAUUUUAUACCUUCCUGGUUGAAUAUGGCUCCUUUAGAUCUUGAUAAAUACGUCGAAAUUGCGAAACACUGCAAAUAUUUACCAGAGAACGACUUAAAGAGAUUAUGUGACUACGUGUGCGAUCUGCUGCUGGAGGAGUCCAACGUCCAGCCUGUGGCCACGCCGGUCACCGUCUGCGGAGACAUUCACGGUCAGUUUUAUGAUCUAUGUGAGCUCUUCAGAACUGGAGGCCAAGUUCCAGACACAAACUACAUUUUCAUGGGAGACUUCGUGGACCGGGGCUACUACAGCCUGGAGACGUUCACCUACCUGCUGGCGCUGAAGGCCAAGUGGCCGGACCGCAUCACGCUGCUGAGGGGAAACCACGAGAGCCGGCAGAUCACCCAGGUCUACGGCUUCUACGAUGAAUGUCAGACAAAGUACGGGAACGCCAACGCCUGGAGAUACUGCACCAAGGUGUUCGACAUGCUGACAGUGGCAGCCUUGAUAGACGAGCAGAUCCUCUGCGUCCACGGCGGCCUGUCGCCCGACAUCAAGACUCUGGACCAGAUCCGAACCAUCGAGCGCAACCAGGAGAUCCCCCACAAGGGGGCGUUCUGCGACCUGGUGUGGUCCGACCCGGAGGACGUGGACACCUGGGCCAUCAGCCCCCGCGGCGCCGGCUGGCUCUUCGGCUCCAAGGUCACCAACGAGUUCGUCCACAUCAACAGCCUGAAGCUGAUCUGCCGCGCCCACCAGCUGGUCCACGAAGGCUACAAGUUCAUGUUCGAUGAGAAGCUGGUGACCGUGUGGUCGGCGCCCAACUACUGCUAUCGCUGCGGCAACAUCGCCUCCAUCAUGGUCUUCAAGGACGUGGGCCGCCGGGAGCCCAAGCUGUUCCGCGCCGUGCCCGACUCGGAGCGCGUCAUCCCCCCCCGCACCACCACCCCUUACUUCCUGUGAGGCUCGCCGCCGUCGGCUUCAGAGGCUUCGCCGGCGCCGCCCCGCCCGGCCCGGCCCGGCCCGGCCCGGCGGCUCGGUUCUGGAGGUGAAGCAGCGGGUUGGAGCGGUGGGCUGCGGUUCUGAGUCUGAGCCAUCCUGCUACGCUCUGCCUUAAAGCUUUUAACUUUAAUUUAUUCAUCCUGAUGUCCUGCACACUGUCUGUCUGUGUGGUGGGGCCGCUUCCUGACGGACCUUUAUUCAGUUCUCAGCAGAGACGCACCGCCUGUCCAGGACACGCUGCAGAUCAUUCCUGAGAACCAGCAGAGAUGGACUAGAACCCAGAACCUCUGAAGUUCUGGUUCUGCUGCGUCUGGAGCUGGGUGUGAGCAGCAGGCGGUGCGUCCCUGAUGCUCUGGGCAUUACGUCUGUGCCAAUGUUCCUCUGAGUUCUCCGCUCAGCAGCUGGGAGCGCCUCUCCAGCUCCACCUGUAAUUGGAAUAAAAAGUCCUUCACACCUGUGA